UGCCUUAACAGUUUAAUGACACCAUGUGACUACUGUCCUUUGUUUCUCACAGAGGCUCCCUAUAAUGAAACCCCUCCGUCAUAUGGCUAUGACCUGGAGCACUCAGAAGAGAACCAGCCACGCCACCACCCUCUAUCCUUUACUGGAUCUCCGUCGUCCUCACCACGACUCCACUCUAAGAGCCGGAGCAGCCGAGACACCCAGUCCUCCUGCUCUCUGGAGUCCACGUUGUCGGUGGAGCUGGACCAGGAGAAGGGGCUGGAGAUGAGAAAGUGGGUCCUUUCAGGAAUCCUGGCCAGUGAGGAGACCUACCUUAGCCACCUGGAGGCCCUACUGAUACCCAUGAAGCCUCUGAGGGCCGCAGCCACAACUUCCCAACCGAUGCUGAGCAUCCAGCAAAUAGAGACCAUCUUCUUCAAAGUUCCAGAGCUUCAUGAGAUCCACAAGGACUUCUAUGAUGCUCUUCUGCCCCGAGUCCAGGACUGGGGCCACCAGCAGUGUGUGGGGGACCUCUUCCAGAAACUGGCCAGCCAGCUCGGAGUGUACCGGGCCUUUGUGGAUAACUAUAAGGUUGCUGUGGAGACGGCAGACAAGUGCUGCCAGGCCAAUGCUCAGUUUGCAGAGAUAUCUGAGAAUCUCAAGGUCAAAAGCACAAAGGACUGCAAAGACCAGUUGGCCAAAAAUUCACUGGAAACUCUUCUCUACAAACCCGUGGACAGAGUGACUCGCAGCACACUCGUUCUGCAUGACCUCCUGAAGCACACGCCCUCCAGCCACCCGGACUAUCCGUUGUUACAGGACGCCCUGCGCAUCUCUCAGAACUUCCUGUCCAGUAUUAAUGAAGAAAUCACCCCGCGUAGACAGUCCAUGACCGUUAAGAAGGGAGAGAACCGCCAGCUGCUGAGGGAUCGCUUCAUGGUGGAGCUGGUUGAAGGUUCCAGGAAACUUCGUCACGUCUUCCUCUUCACCGACCUGCUGCUCUGCACCAAGCUGAAGAAACAGGCUGCAGGGAAAGGGCAACAGUAUGACUGUAAGUGGUACAUCCCACUGGCUGACCUGACCUUCCAGACCAUCGAGGACUGUGAGUCCACCCCCAUCCCUCUGGUCCAGGAUGAGGAGAUUGAUGCCAUGAAGAUCAAAAUCUCCCAGAUCAAGAACGAGAUCCAAAGAGAGAAGAGAACCACCAAAGGACCCAAGGUGAUUGAGCGACUGAGGAAGAAGUUAUCAGAACAAGAGUCUCUGCUGCUUCUCAUGUCACCCAACAUGGCGUUCAGAGUGGCCAACAGAAAUGGCAAGGGCUUCACAUUUCUCAUCUCUUCGGACUAUGAGCGUGCCGAGUGGAGAGAGAUCAUUCGCGAGCAGCAGAAGAAGUGUUUUAAAAGCUUCUCUCUGACCUCUCUGGAGCUGCAGAUGCUCACUAACUCAUGCGUGAAACUCCAGACUGUUCACACGAUCCCAAUGACCAUGAAUAAGGAAGAUGAUGAAUCUCCUGGUUUGUACGGCUUCCUAAAUGUCAUUGUCCACUCUGCAUCAGGGCUGAAACAGAGCUUAAACCUAUACUGCUCUCUGGAGGUGGAUUCCUUUGGCUACUUUGUCAACAAAGCCAAAACACGUGUGUACAGAGACUCUACAGAGCCCAGCUGGAACGAGGAGUUUGAGAUUGAACUGGAGGGCUCUCAGACUCUGAGGCUGCUGUGCUAUGAGAAGUGCUACAACAAAAGCAAGCAGAGCAAAGAGGACGGAGAGAUCACAGACAAGAUCAUGGCCAAAGGACAAAUAAAGCUGGAUCCUCAGACAUUGCAAAAUAAAGACUGGCAGAGGACAGUCAUCACCAUGAACGGGAUUGAGGUGAAGCUUUCGAUGAAGUUCACCAGCAGAGAGUUCAGUCUGAAGCGAAUGCCUUCACGGAAACAGUCCGGCGUCUUUGGAGUGAAGAUCAACGUAGUGACAAAGCGAGAGCGCUCCAAGGUUCCCCUCAUUGUGAGACAGUGUGUGGAGGAGAUAGAGCGACGGGGAAUGGAGGAGGUGGGAAUCUACAGAGUGUCUGGCGUCGCAACUGACAUCCAGGCGCUGAAGGCCGCCUUUGAUUCAAACAACAAGGACGUGUCUGUAAUGAUGAGGGAGAUGGACGUAAACGCCAUCGCAGGAACACUGAAGCUGUAUUUCCGCGAGCUGCCGGAGCCUCUUUUCACUGACGAGUUGUACCCCAACUUUGCUGGAGGCAUCGCUCUCUCUGACAGUGUGGCCAAGGAGAGCUGCAUGCUCAACCUGUUGCUGUCUCUACCAGAGCCCAAUCUGGUGACUUUCCUCUUCUUGCUCGACCACCUUAAACGGGUGACUGAAAAUGAGAGCAUCAACAAGAUGUCUUUGCACAAUCUGGCCACGGUUUUUGGCCCCACUUUGCUUCGGCCCUCUGAAAAAGACAGCAAAAUCUCAAACAGCUCGCAGCCAAUCUCCAUGAACGACAGCUGGUCUCUAGAAGUCAUGGCUCAGGUGCAAGUCCUUCUCUACUUCCUUCAGCUGGAGAGCAUUCCAACACCUGACAGCAAACGCCAAAGCCUUCUCUUCUCCACUGAAGUAUAACGUGAACAUCGAACAGUGUCUGUAAAUGUUCUGUUCAGAGGCAGAAUGUCCGCUGCCUAAUGAGGCGGAUGCUGUUUAGUGGCCAUGGCUGGUUUACUCUGAGGAUGCUUGAUUUAGCCACCAGGUGGAACCGUUAACACGUUGUAAACUGGAAACAGCCAUCAUGACCAAAGCCAUUUCUGUUGGAGGUGUCAUGAGCAUAUGAGUUCUGUUUACUUACAAGCUUACCUGCUGUGUCAGUAAAAGACAACCCUAUAUGAUGUACGGACAAAAUAUAUCAUUCCUUUUUUAAUUUAAUUGUCAAGAAGUAUUAUUUACUGUACUUUCAUAUUUUUCACUGCCCUGUUCUGUCACUGUGCAUACAUUAGCUUUAUAUUCACAGAAGGGGAUUUCUGCUGUAGUUGGAUUUUGUAAGAUUUAUUUCUGUAGAUUGAUGAUCAAUGAAUGGAAAUGAAUUUUUAUUUUCUUGUUUGACUUGGUUGAAAGCGCACCUGUGCCAAUGUUUCCCUGCUGAUGACCAGUAGAACACUUUAGUUACCCUGAUGUUUACACACACUCUUAAUUUUGUACAGAAUUAGUGUAAGUUUGAGACUGAAAACUGUAGUUAACACACAGCAACGUGCAGGCAUGUUGACCUAUCCAUUUGCAGCGUUUUGCCAUCUGUGCUAUACAAUUUAUAUAGUGACUUUCUUCAGUUUACAGGUUCUUCUGGUGGUGUCCGAGCCAACUUUCAUUUAGAUAAGAGUGCUUUUUUUGAAAGUGGUACAGAGACGUGAAAGCCAGAUCAUUCCAGGAAAAGGCGAGGCCUAAUUCUUCCUCCCAUGGAAUAGACAGUGCUGUGUAUAAUUUUAAUUUCACAGUCGUCUUUUGUUUUGUGUCCAUAUUGUUUUUUUUAGCUUCUUACUGAUUUGAUUUAUUCACUAAUGCACAUGUGUUGCUUUGUGCAUUUCUUCUCUGUAGUCUACCAAUAUAGGACAGAACCACACUGCUGUAGAUAUAAGAGCACCUGGAGAUUAUCUGAAAUACCAAAUGUUCCUUAGUAGGUAGCCCUUGAAGCACAGGGAUUCACACAUAACCAAUUCUCCUGGUUUAUUAACAGGUGUAUCAUCCACAUACCUAAUAUUACUUUCAAAGCCAUGUGAAAAUGCACUGUGUGCUUGCGUUAAUAUUUUUUUCCCCCCAAAUCACUACAUGUAUUCAAACACUUGUUAGCACAAACUAUAACCCUAAAGGUGUGUCAUUUAUGUAAAAUAAGCAAUAACUCUUAGUAUUUCUUAGGACGAGCAAUGACUAGUGGCUCUUGUAUGUAUGAUUUAUGUAAAUAAAAACUUGGUAACAUUA